GACUACACUCUUCUUCUCUACACAGUGCAGACUGAUACAUCUGAUUCGUUCUAAACCGUCGAAAUGACUGACCCUCGACCAUACCACGUUCUCAGCUAUGGCACUCUGCUGGGUGUCCAGGUCUAUCAGUCCUUUGUCUCCGGCGUGGUUGCUUUCAGAGCUCUACCGCGCCCCCAGUUCGCCCAGCUGCAGACCGCAACCUUCCCCAUCUACUUCACUCUGCAGUCAGCCCUCCCAGUCGUGGUUGCUCUGACUGCCAGUAAAGGUGGCCAGACACUCGGGGUCUCCGGACUUUUGGCUCCGGAGAAUCGACUCAACACGCUGUUGCCGAUGGCUACUGCGGUGGUGACAGGACUCGCCAAUCAGUUUAUUCUGCGUCCGCUCACGAUGAACGUGAUGAAGGAGCGGAAGAAGCAGGAAACCCGUGACGGCAAGAAGAGUUAUGAUCCUCCUCCCCACUCCAAGCAGAUGCAGGCUUUGAACAAGAAGUUUGGUAAGGUUCAUGGAGUGUCGAGCUUGCUCAAUCUGGCCACUCUUCUUGCUACCGUUUAUUAUGGGGUGGUUAUUGGAAAGCAGUUGUCGUGAUUUUCCUGGGAAGUGUACAUAACAACAGAGGAGCAUUCCCUAACGACAUGUUAGUCUCAAUAUAAGCACAAAUAUCAAGUCUAUAGCAUUAGGGCAAAAUACAACAUCUAUAUCAGUU